AUGUCAUCGUCGUCGUCUCGAAGUCAACUCGAUCAAGGCAUUUCGGCCUCGAGGGCUGGUGGGGCUCAGAAACGACCGCCGUCGACGAGCAAAGCGCAGACGCCUACAAAGAAGCAGCGCGCCAAUCCUCGUCCGUCUCCAUCAGUUGGUUCGACGUCGCGUCGUUCAGGCGAAGACUCUGCGACCGACUCGGGCUCGACCGCCUCGGUGCGCAGACGUCCGCGAGACUCGGCAUCUGCGGCUGUGCAGGAAGAGCCAAGGUGGGCGUACGCGGAACGUGUUUUGCUGGACAGGACGUUGCGUCUGCACAGCGUCUCGCCGCUACACUUGUCUUCGUUGCCGGCUUCGAUCCAGGAGGUGUCCCGACCUCUGUUCCAGAUGCUUCGGAACGAACUGCGACACUACAUCAACUUGCGAUUGAGCGACGGCUUUGGUUUCCUCGAAUCAGCCGGUACCACGAUCGACGCGCGGGAUCCGGAAAGCGGCGACCUUCGUCCGCCCGAGCGCAGACGUCGCGCAGAUAUCGAUCGAGUCGGUCAGGUGCGCAUCGGCCUCCUGGAGGAUGGGGAGUUCACGGGAGCGCUGCAAGAAUCGAAUCGAUCUGGCGAGGCGAAGGCGCGUCCGUGGGCGAUCGAGAUCGAGCUAGGCAAACCAGCAGCAGAACAGGAGGGCAACAAGGCCAAGAUCACGUCGUUGCGCUCCAGAGCGGCGCAGGAAGCAACACCUGCGGAGCUAUGCCACAUCGUGUUUGUGCCUGCGUCGACGACGCGGGACGAGCAUUCACGCACGAGUCGCAGAUACCCACUGAUCGCGACAAAGGCUCCAUCCUCGAGCACGGCGAGCUCGGAUCCGCUGCUGGCGACGUCGGUCAAUGUGGGGCCGGUUGUGCUGGGACACGCGCUCGACUGGAUUCAGAAACGAUUCGACUGUCGCAUCUCUUCGGCGACAGGAGCAGCUGCGAUUGCAUCGCAGAUGCGCGGUCCGCGACUGGAAGCGCUCGCCGAACUCAUCGUACGUCAAACUCGGUCCGAGAUGGGCAUGACCGACGGCGUAGAGCGCACACAAGAGCAAAGAGCAGCAGAUGCGGCAGUCAAGCCCGUAGAGCUGGUGUUUGCGUUCCCGACAAGAGUCAAAUCCGAAUCUGGCAAGAGCAAGAUGCCAUCAGGACCAGCGCCAGACUUGACCUCUCUCACUCUCACGGUGCCAUGGGAAGUUUGCAUGAAUCUGCUGGACGGCUUGGCGCUAGACGAAUCGUUGCUGCCGGCGCUGAACCACUACCUCUCGACGCACACUUCGAUUCCAUUGGAUGCACUGGAGCUCACGAGGAUCGGUGUAGCGGGGAUCAGCGUUGGUGCGGGGAGGAUAAAGAUCUCGAAAGUGCCAGGAAAGGAUGCUGUCAACGUCGCAAAGAGGUCGCUGUUGAAGCGGUCGCAAGGAGGAGCUCGAGGCCAGGACGAGGAUGAGGGAGAGCCGAGCGAUAGACGCCGUGCAGGCGCGGUGUUCGCAUUUCUCAGAAGCCUGGCCGAGGGCGGCGAUGCGGAUCAGUAG